AUGGGCGAUUCGUCGAGUCUACCGGGAAAUGAACUACUUCAAGCUGAAAAAGAUGAAAAAGACGAUGGCCCUUUCGAGAAUCGACGAGUCAACUCUUCGGAAAUCGCACCAAAUGCGGAGGGUCCAUUUGGGGUGCGCCUUAGCGACGAUAUGCUCAACGUGUUCUGCGAUCGUGUGCAACUCGCCGCCCCGGACCGUAUUAACGGCUUUUUUGCGAUUCAAUCGAUUUUGUGCGACCCGGCCUCGCUUCGAUCGCAAAUUCAGCCGCGUCAAGAAGUCAUCCAAAUUUUCUUCGACCAGGAACAGGAGCACUACAUUACGGCUCAUCUCUUUUACGUGAAUAAGGUGCCCACUCUACGAAUUUACGACCCAUUACUGCAUGCGAAAAAUGUUAAAAAUCGGGAUUUGAAAGAUAUGAUGAGCCCAUCGAUGAUUCGACAAAUUUUGGACAUCUUCGGACAUAUCGUUUUCCGUGUUGCUCAGCCAGGCGCGGUCCCUGUUGAAUAUGUGCACGACAUUGACCCUCAGACAGAUGGAUGGAGUUGUGGAUAUCGAGCAAUCGGCGUUGUGAUGGAUUUGUUGAGAGAAAGACCUCCCAUGGACUCAAAAUACGAUGUUCGCUCACUCUAUGACUUGUACAUUUGGGCGAAUCGCGAUGGAUCGCACCCGUGGCACGAAUUUAUGAAGUUCCCGUAUCGUAGCUAUCGCCUCCGGAAUUAUGUUAGAAACGGCAUUGUUGUUUUCCCAUUUUCGAAAGCCACCGAAUCGCUUGUCGCUCAAUCUGAAGAACCAACGGCUCAACCGGCCUGCAAAGAGGAGCCUCCUGCGGCUCACAAAGAAAAUCCUGUGAUCGACGCUGUUCCUUCAAAGUCUGGUGAUUUAACAAACGGAGUUCGGGAAAUGCGACAAAGUUGUUGUGAUUAUCAUCUACAAUCAAACGCUUCAAAAAAUGACAAGAGCAAAGACGCAAAGAGCACCACCCACCAUCGAGCAAUGGCUGAAAGCAGCGGGAUUGAGACUCCGAGGGUGCCUGAUUCGAAACCAGUCCCUCUACUCCCAAGAUUGGCCGUCCAUUCUUCAUCGUCGCAACCCGAGCUCUUGCAACCGCUUAAUCGAUGGUCUUACGUGCGCACGUGGAGUGAACGACAAAGUGAUGAGGAAAAAAAGAGAAGUGGAAGUGCCGGAGAAUGCCCAACCAAUUCUCGACUGUCAGCCAUUGAAACGACGCGUUCAAUCACCCGUUGGACAAACGAUGUCUUCAGCUCGGAGCCCAUUGAAUGCAAUGUGCCCGCCUCAUUUGACUCUCUUCCUUCGAUGCCCGUGCCGAAUCUUCACGCUUGCCGCUCCUCCACGCGCCACGAGGGCUCCUCAUUUCACACCGACUCGAAUCAUUCUCUUCAUGGCGUCGAAAAGAGCCAACAACAAAAGCCAUCCGCAAACAAGCUUCAUCAAGUCACGUUUCGACCCCAUCUGGGAUACGGAGCCGAUGAGCAACACUCGAGCUUUGAGGCCGAUGUCAGCAGCUUUGGAAGUUCCAACAAGAGCGUAAAAUUCGAUGUGCAAUGGGAGUCGGAGCCUGCUGCCAUAAUCGUUCCUUCCUUCAUCCCGGUCGAGAUCAAAAAGCCAAUCAAUUGCACAACUAAGUCCAAGGACGUUCGUCUGGAAAUGGGCUCCGUGGUGGCCACGCAAAUCACCCACAAGAACAAUAACAACAACAAUUCGCCGCUUUCAUCACCCUCAUCAUCAAUGCUGAACUCGGAACCUCGGUGCUGUUGU